AUGAAGACGAAUAGUGGAGCAGGUGAAGUCGCGAAGAUAGACUUUCUCGGAGGCCGGGGCGCAUUGUUCGGCUGGCCGCCAAGAUUUCAGUGGGCUUUCAUCGAUGCUUCAGGUUCACUUUUUCCCGCCGCUCCCAUCACCGCACCUUCUGCUCGCAGCAUCUCGCCUUCCCCCGACCUCCCGACAGCAACAAUGACGGACUCAGCCGGAGCGGGUCACGAAGAUCCCUUGGAAGGUCUCGAGGAGCGCCUGCAAAGUCACAACAAAGCAUUCGAGUCACUUCUGGCCCUCACGCCUGCACGAGAGUACUACGGCAGCCACUUCGUUGACGGUAAGGACCCCAGCGAACAAUGGAAUCGCAAGAAGCAGACCAAGGAGGAGAAGCGGGCGGCGAAGAAGGCAAAGCUCGACCCCAAGAACAACAAGAGUGCGCUGGAUGUGUUGCGGGAGAGGGAGGCCGAGGCGUUGAAGCGGAAGCGCGGUGAGGACAAUGAUGGGGGUGACGACGAGGAAGGCGAUUCGCAGAGUGGCAAGGCGCAGAAGAGAGCCAAGGGCGAGGACGAUGCAGAUGCUGCCGAGGCACGCCGAAGACAGAAGGUGGACAAGAGAAAAGAGAAGCGGCAGGCAAAGCAGGAGAAAAAGCAAGCAAAGCAGGCCAAAGCGGAGGAGAAGAAGGCGCGGAAGCAGGAUCGCCAGCUUGAUGAAUUGAAGAAUGACGGUCGCAAGCAGGAUGCAGAUGAAGAUGCCGAGGAGGGCCCGGCGGAGGACAAGGGAGAUGAUAUGGAGGCGGUUGACUUCUCUGGGCUUACGGAUGCGCAAGAGAAUGGAAUGAAGAGGCCGCAUGAGGAGAGGAGUGAUGCUGGUUCCGACGUGUCCUCCGCGCCUACAACACCGCUCAUUGACAGUCCGGCGUUUGACCUUGGCACAAACCACUCUGCCGCCUCGUCGUCGUCGUCCAUCGUACCUCCCUCAUCGAUCGAUCAAGAAACGACCAAACGACCCGCGAAGACCGAUACCAAGGCAGCAAGCACAGCAUUCAACGGCACUGAUCCCGUUAAGACGGACAACAAGCCUACCAACGGCGUCUCAUCCCCCAAACCUCACAUUCCUAAGAUCACCGACGCAGAAAAGACGGAACGACUACGGAAGCGCAUCGAAGAACUGCGAGCAGCUCGCAAAGCCGACGACAAGCCUGCGAGGUCACGACAAGAGCUUCUGGAACAGCGGCGGAAGAAGGAAGAACAACGAAAGACGCAUAAGAAGGAGCUGCGGAGGAAGGCGAAGGAGGAAGAGGAACGACGGAAAGAUGAGCAACUGCGUGGUUCAGGCAGUCCAUUGACAUCCGACAUCUUCAGCCCACGAUCGCCACUACCUGCAGACAACGCAUACUCCUUCUCCAGGCUUGCGUUUGAGGAUGGUACCUCUGCCGAUCCAGAGCUACACGCACUGAAAGAUGCGCGCAAGAAGAAGGGCCCGCAAGACCCAAAGACUGCCUUGAAGGCAGCGCAGUCGAAGGAUUCUCGCAUUGCAGGGUACGAUGCCGAAAAGCAAGCCGAUAUCGCCGACAAGGACAUGUGGAUGAACGCACGGAAGAAAGCGCAUGGCGAGAGGGUACGAGACGACACGUCGCUGCUCAAGAAGGCGUUGAAGCGGAAGGAGAAGCAGAAGUCAAAGUCGGAGCAGCAGUGGAAGGAGAGGGAGCAGGCGGUGACGAAGGGCAGGGAGAUGAAGCAGAAGAAGCGGGAGACGAAUCUGGCGAAGCGGAAGGAGGAGAAGGGUAGUAAGGGGAAGAAAAGUGCUGGGAAGGGUGGCAAGGGAGCCAAAGGAGCGAAGAAGGGGAAGAAGAGGGCUGGAUUCGAGGGGAGCUUCAAGGCGUGA